AUGUCAGCUCGAAAAAGAGUUAACUUGCGGGCACAGAAGAGGACUUCUCGAGGUAGGCUGUCAGACCAAAUACAAGAGAACUCGAGCUACUUUGAAAGCAUCUUGAAACAUGGACAAAACAGUCCACCUGAAGAUUAUGAGUAUGCUGAAGAGGCUCUGCCAAUAGCAUUGAGAUACUUUGAAAAAGGUCCUGUUAAAACUUCACGGAAUAAAGGUAAAACCGUGGAAAACUACUUGAAAAUUAUUGAAACUGUGGCUUGGGAGAAUGGCUUAGAACCAGGAGCAAUUGACAUUCUAUUAAAUGUGGCACUCAGUGGCAAAUUCGGGAAUGCUGUCAACACUCGGAUAUUGAAGUACCUGAUUCCAGCAACUCUAAUAUCAGGAGAUACUGUGGUUAAGGCUGUCUCUUGGCUUUGUGUUGGCAAGUGUUCUGGUAGCAUCAAGGUACUUUUCUUUCGUUGGCUGGUUGCAAUGUUUGACUUCAUUAAUGAAAAAGACCAAGUUAACUCCCUCUAUGGCUUCUUUUUUGCUUCAUUGCAAGAUGAUGGAGUGUGCCCUUAUGUCUGCCAUUUGUUAUAUUUACUUACCAGAAAGGAGAAUGUCAAACCGUUUCGUGUGAGAAAACUGCUUGAUCUUCAGGCCAAGAUGGGCAUGCAGUCUCAUCUCCAAGCUUUAUUGUCUCUGUAUAAGUUCUUUGUUCCUACUCUGAUUUCUGUAUCUUUGCCUAUAAGGAAGAAGAUCUAUUUUAAGAAUUCAGAGAAUUUAUGGCAGACGGCUCUGAUUGUUAGGAGGCGAAGAAACAUGAAACCUUCUCCAUUAACUGUAAAGUUGACAUUAGGCUCAUCCACACUGCGUCUUGUACAUGGAAAAUGGAAUUCUGGCUCACGUAUACCAGUGCCAGCCUCCAGGAGCUAUGGCAAAGAAUGUGGAGAGAAAGAGAUGAGUCUUUCUGAUUGCCUUGGAAACAAUGGAUCAUUUCCACUAGAACAGCUUCAUACCUUUUCUCAGCUCUUAGAAAAUAUCCAUUGCUUAGAGCUUCCUUGUCAGAUGGGCUCAGUUUUGAAUAGUUCUCUGCUACUUCACUAUAUCAACUGUGUAAGAGAUGAGUCAGUCUUACUGAGAUUCUAUCACUGGUUGAGUCAAACAUUACAAAAAGAAUGUAUUUGGUACAAGGUGAAUAAUUAUGAAUGUGGAAAAGAAUUUACCAGCUUACUGGACUCUAUCAUCAGUGCACAAUGCUUUUUACAAGAGGGCUUUUAUUCCUGUGAAGCAUUCCUGUAUAAGAGCCUUCCUCUCUGGGAUGGUGUCUGUUGUCAAGCACAGUUCCUUCAACUUGUGAGCUGGAUUCCUUUUAGUAAAUUCUCUGAGUUGAAGCCACUUCUUUUUGACCAUCUAGCAAACCUCUUUUUUACAUCAACUAUCUAUUUCAAGUGUAGUGUUCUUCAGUGUCUGAAAGAGCUACUGCAGAAUUGGCUGUUGUGGCUUUCUAUGGACAUCCACAUGAAACCUGUGUUGAACAGUCCUCUAGAGACAGCUUUAGGUGGAUCCAUGAACUCCGUGUCUAAACUGAUUCACUUUGUUGGGUGGCUGUCCACUAAUGGAAUUCGUUUGGAGAGCAACAAUACUGUAUUACUGCACUUUAUUCUGGAUUUCUAUGAGAAGGUAUGUGACAUAUAUGUAGAUUAUAACCUUCCAUUAGUGGUGGUAUUUCCUCCUGGAAUCUUCUACUCUGCACUCUUCAGCCAGGAUACCAGUAUUCUGAACCAGCUCUGUUACAUUAUGCACAGGUAUCGUAAAAAUUUGACUGCUGCAAAGAAAAAUGAGUUGAUACAGAAGGCAAAAUCCCAGUUCAAUUUCAGCAACGAGACCUAUCAAGAAUUUAACCACUAUUUGACAGCCAUGGUUGGUUGCCUGUGGACAUCCAAACCCUUCCAAAAAAGUUUCUAUGAUGAAAUAAUAGAUAUCAACCCAGAAAUUCUAGAAGAUGCUGGAAUAGCUGAUUAUAAAAACAGUUUAAAUUUAGCCCAUCACCCUGCUCUAUUUAGUUAUGCUGUUUGCUUUCUGCUACAGGAAUGGCCAGAAGCAACGACCAUAAAAGUGAGCUGUAUUCGGGGAAAGAAAUGGAACUGGUAUCUGAACUAUUUAUUUUCAGAGGAAUUACAAGGCCUGCAACUUUUCCUAAAAAGUAAUAUUAGUUGUUCUCCUCUUCCCCUGAUCAAACAACAUGAUCAACAUUAA